GUUGACCUUUCACACUUGUCCCCAGAGGAGAGAUGGAGGGUGGAGCAUGCCCGGAUGCAUGCCAAGCACCGCGGGCACGAGGCUAUGCAUGCCGAAAUGGUCCUCAUCCUUAUCGCCACGCUCGUGGUGGCACAGCUCCUCUUGGUUCAGUGGAAACAGAGGCACCCUCGCUCCUACAACAUGGUGACCCUCUUCCAGAUGUGGGUGGUGCCGCUGUAUUUCACCCUCAAGCUGUACUGGUGGCGCUUCCUGGUAAUUUGGGUGCUUUUCUCAGCGGUCACGGCUUUUGUCACCUUCAGGGCAACUCGAAAACCUCUGGUACAGACAACACCCAGGUUGGUUUAUAAAUGGUUUCUACUAAUAUACAAGAUCAGCUACGCCACCGGGAUCGUAGGGUACAUGGCUGUGAUGUUUACACUUUUUGGUCUUAAUUUAUUAUUCAGAAUCAAACCAGAAGACGCGAUGGACUUUGGCAUCUCCCUUCUCUUCUACGGUCUGUACUAUGGGGUGCUGGAGCGGGACUUUGCCGAGAUGUGCGCCGAUUACAUGGCCUCGACGAUUGGG